AUGGGAGACAAAGACAAGGAUAACCCGGAAGGGCUCAAAGUGGGGAAGCGGUAUCUGGUGGGCAGGUAUUUGGCCGGGGGUUCCUUCGGACGCCUCUAUACCGGCAAAAACAUUCAGACCGGCGAAGAGGUGGCCAUCAAAAUGGAGAGACAGGACAUCGAGAAGAAACAGUUGACGUUUGAGUUCCGCUUCUUUAAGAUACUGAAGGCGGAGGGCGCCCAACAUAAGGGCAUCCCUCGGAUCUACUACUUCGGUCCGGUGGGGGUGUGGAACGCCCUCGUGAUGGACCUAUUGGGGCCCUCCCUGGAGAAGGUGCACGACAGGUGCGGCACAAAGUUCAGCCUCAAGACCACCAUCCAGUUGAUGAUCCAGUUGUUUGACGUGAUUGAGUACUUCCACGGAAAGGGUCUUAUCUAUCGGGACACCAAACCCGAGAACUUCCUGUUCGGACAGUCGGGCACCGACUCCUACAGCGUCGUCCACAUCAUAGACCUCGGCCUCUGUAAGGAGUACUUGGAUGACGAGGGAAAGCACAUACCAUUUGUCGAGAACAAGGGCGUGACGGGAACGGUACGCUACAUGUCCGUCAAUAACAACCGCGGCUGCGAGCAGGGCCGCCGGGACGACAUGGAGGCGCUCGGCUACAUGUUUAUAUACCUCAUGAAGGGUGAGCUGCCGUGGAUGGGCGUCAAGGCAAACACCAUACCCGAGAAGUACCGGCAAAUCGCGCGCAUUAAGGAGCGUACGACACCGGAGGGUCUGUGCGCUGACCUGCCCCGGGAGUUCUGCCACUACCUGACGGCCGUCCGGGCCCUCGACUUCGCCGAUGAGCCUAAAUAUAAGGACUACAUUCAGAUGUUCAGCAAAUUGUUUAAACAAAAGGGCUUCAAAAACGAUAACGUCUACGAUUUCGACCGAAACCAUAAGCCCAGGAGAUAG